CUUAAGUAGUUGAGUAAGAUUGAUAUAUAAUUUACUAGACGACUACUACUAGACAUAUAUAAUUAUCUUUAUCAUCUACGUCUAUGGAUACAUGGAUGUCGUACAGACAGUCGCGGGUGUGAUAUAAGCGCAGUUCAUACGGUUAGAUUGGAAAACAUGAUAAGAUGUUUGGAGGAGAGAAGUUCGGGGCUGCUAUUACCUACCGGUGUUCAACAGGCAGUGUCAACGGACAGAGCCCUGGCAAUGCAGCUCAGCAAACAGCGAGAUGUCGAAAAAGUACAUACGACUCCUAUCAACUCAUUGGAUCUAGAUCCCGUCGAGAUGCGUUAUUUAAUAUCAGGCGCGUCAAAUGGCACCAUCGCCAUCCACGAUCUGCAUAACGUCACUGGUCAACCCCAGUACACAUGUCCACUGCUGUGCACAGUUGACCGAUGUUCACAGCACGCUCACAAAUACAGUGUAGAAACCGUUCAGUGGUAUCCUGCGGACAGUGGCAUGUUCGUUUCAAGUAGCUUCGAUAAAACGUUGAAAGUGUGGGACACAAACACUCUAGUGCCUGUUGAAACGGUGGCAUGCCGCGAACGUGUAUACUGCCAUCGUUUGUCCAAAAUAGCGACUAAACAUUGUUUGAUUGCGGUUGCGUCGUCAUUAUCGCAAGUCAACCUUGUUGAUUUAAAAUCUGGCUCGUAUAGUCACAUCCUAAAGGGACACAAAGGUGCAGUAUAUGUAGUUGAUUGGUCUCCUCAAAACGAAUACGUUCUAGCCAGUGGAAGUAGUGAUAACAAAGCCCUCAUGUGGGACGUCAGAAUGGCAAAAAACUGUAUAUUUACGCUGGACCAGCACAAUGGCGAUGCGACACGGUGUGGUCCGCAUGCCGUGCAGACUGCUCACAAUGGCGCAGUGAACGGCCUCCGAUUCACAGCCGACGGCUUGUACCUCGUAUCGUUUGGAACGGAUUGUCGCGUUCGUUUGUGGCGCACGGACAACGGACAAAACAUGCUCGUUAACUACGGGGCGAUUAACAAUGUGCACGAAAAAUGUCUGAGCAUUGAUGUCUCCUCGUCACUCAAUCCUGAGAUUGUGUUCGUGCCUCACGAUAGCAAUAUUGAUAUGCUCUGCCUACAUACAGGUACGAAGCUGCAGCGGCUGGUUGGUCAUUAUAAUGAUUGCAAUACGUUAGUUUAUCAUCCAUUCCACCAGGAACUGUACAGUGGUGGAAAUGACAGAAAUAUAAUAGCAUGGUUGCCUAAAACAGCGAGUUCUGAUGACUAUCAAGAACAUUUGAAGGAAACGAAAUUGAAAAAAGGAACAUCCCGUGAAACAAAGAAGAAGGGAGCUAAUGUUAAUCUCAUGCAGGACACCUGGAGCAGUGAUGAAGAUUAGGGAAAAAAAUUGCAGGAUUGAUUUACUGGUUUUGUUUAAAUAAGCUGCGUUCACACGAGACUUCGUAUUUAUGAAAUACGGUAUUUGCGAGAUACCGAAUCUGAGACAAAUUCACGACCGAGUGUUCACACACUGUUUCACAGCUCCAGAAAUGCCGUAUUUGCGAGCUGCGAGCUGCUUUAAACAAUCAAGCG